ACCUUCCAUGCUGUGCCUGGACGCCGAUGCCCAGGCUGCACGACCACGUCUGGAACUAUCCAAGCGCGGGCGCUGCGAGGCCGUACAGCCUCCCGCGAGGCAUGAUUGCGGCGGCCGCUUGUCCGCAGGGCCCCGGAGUCCCCGAACCCGAGCACGCGCCCCGGGGCCAGCGAGCGGGAACCACAGGAUGCAGCGCGCGGCCGGGCAGCUGGCACCACGACUUGGUGCAGCGGAGCCUAGUGCUCUUCUCAUUUGGCGUGGUCCUGGCCCUGGUGCUCAACCUGCUGCAGAUCCAGCGGAAUGUCACGCUCUUCCCCGACGAGGUGAUAGCCACCAUCUUCUCCUCCGCCUGGUGGGUGCCCCCGUGCUGUGGCACGGCAGCGGCUGUUGUCGGUUUACUGUAUCCCUGUAUUGACAGUCACCUGGGAGAACCACACAAGUUCAAGAGAGAAUGGGCCAGCGUUAUGCGCUGUAUUGCCGUGUUCGUUGGCAUCAACCACGCCAGUGCCAAAUUAGAUUUUGCCAAUAAUGUCCAGCUGUCCUUGACUUUAGCAGCCCUCUCUUUGGGUUUGUGGUGGACAUUUGAUCGUUCCCGAAGCGGCCUUGGGCUUGGGAUUACCAUCGCCUUCCUAGCUACGCUGAUCACUCAGUUUCUUGUGUAUAAUGGUGUCUACCAGUACACGUCCCCUGAUUUCCUCUAUAUCCGUUCUUGGCUCCCCUGUAUAUUUUUCUCAGGAGGUGUCACAGUGGGAAACAUAGGACGACAGUUAGCUAUGGGUGUUCCGGAAAAGCCUCACAGUGACUGAGCUUCAGCACAUGGUUCAGAGUGGAAGCAGGAUGUAGAGACACUGGUCCUGGGUGUGAUGAAGAUGAUCUUUUUCUCAAUGUUCCAUUUAGGCUGGGCUGACGAUAAAUGACUCCUAAAGACAUGUUCACUUAGUCUAGACUAGCAAAUGGAGGCAAGGACUGCUUACCUAAAAGUCUUACCUUGCUCCCCCACCCUCACACCUGUCUUCUUUGGAACAUUCCAUCCCAGGCUGUAUGUGAAAGUCGGGUAAGGGGGGCAGUUUCCCGAGUAUUAGAGUUCACUCAUCAUUCAAAGCAAAUGCCAUAUUUCAAAGCCUUGAAUCAAAAUGAAUUACCAACUAGCAGUUUUGUGUCAGUGCCCAAAGGAGGGAGGUUGAUGGUGCUUAACAGAGAUGAAGUGUGUGUAGUAAGAAUAUUUAUCCAGAAUUAAAAUAAAGGGUUGUGUAAAGAGGGGUUGAGAGCAGCAGUGAGUUGGAGGAAGAUCAUCUCCCAGUAGGACCUAUAGUGCAGCCAUAUCUCCAGGUCACGCUCAGGCUGGCGCUCACGUGUGGGUUUCAUCAGUGUGGGAACGAUGCUUUUUACUGCCGGGAGGUUUGUAGACGACAAUCUCACUGAAAGCCGAGGGCAGCACAAAGUCAGGGUUCUGCACUGCGAUGCUGGACUUCUCACCUCAGUUUAAGAGAAGUUUUAUCCGAGCUCUGGACCAUCUAAGAGUGAGUCGCUGUCUGCUGUUUCAGUCAUAAUGAGCCGAAAUUGUGUCUCUGUCACUCCAGGGUGGAGAGGACUCUUCCACAGCCCUGUGGAGCUUGCAAUCUGUGAUUGCUUCGUAACAGGUUGAGUGUGCACGUCACUGUGUUAAUUACGCAGUGUCCUAUGUGCGUUGGACAGCAUAGAACACAACACGUGGGACCUAACUUGCAAGGAUUGGGUCUUCAACUUCAAGUGCAAUGUGUAUGAAAACCAAUCUGAGCCUUGUAUUCUCGUAAAUAUUUAUUUUGUAAUUUUUGUUACCGCACGAGCUAUUCCGGAGAAGGGUUCUCGGGUCAUUUCAGAGGUGCGUGGAGGCACACUCAGCAAUACUGUGUCAGCCGUGACGUCCCUCAGUCAUACCCUCCACUGCACACUAGUCCUCUGACAUACUCCAGCUUUGUGAGUUCAGUGAUUUUUACUUACAAAUUUACCAUUUUUGUAUUCCAAAAUGUGUUUGUUUUAAGUUAUAUGAAACUGACCUCCUGACACAGUCGUUGGUCCCCAGGCGGGGCAGAAGCUCUGUACCUGUGGACACCUGGGUUUGGGUUAACCCUCGCAGGGCUCCUCAUAGGGGGUUGCUUUUUUUUUUUUUUUUUUUUUUUUGGAGGGAAAUGUUUGAAGUAAACCUUUGUUUUCUGAAACUACUUUGGCUAAAAGAAAAUGGGUUGUGCUAGACUUUGGGACGGUUCUUAAAGUUUCCUGGAAAUAAAAACAAAUGAUUGGUAUUUUGAAGACAUUCUUCAGCUAAGACUGGAGUGUCUUGCACAAGCUACAGUGACUGGAAGAAAAAUAAGUGAUCUUGGUGAUGCACUUGAUUGUAUACAAUGAGGUUUUUUUUUUUUUCUCUUAAACUGGAAAUAAAUGUUAGAAAUAAUGUAGCCAAAAAAGGUGAAUCUGAAGGAUGCUUUUGCCAAUAGUUAUAGCAGUUACAACAAACCAAAGUGACUGAGUUUGUACAAAUGGUAACUAGUACCAAGCACACUCACUUUCCUGAUCUGAACACCCAGCGAGGUUCAUGUCCGUGCUAAGUUUGCAGCAUUGUGUUCUUUUGCAUUCUUUUUUUUUUUACUUUUAUUAAAGGUUCAAAACCA